AUGGUGCAGGCCGUGCGACGUCAGCUGGACCUGCUGUUUGCCGUGCACAUGGCCAUUGCAGCAGUGACGGGCGCGUUCUGCUUCCUCACGCCGCACGCGCUCAUGUCGCCGAUACUGGGCGACGCGAGCAACAACACGCACAUGGCGCACGAGUUCCUCCGUCUGUACGGUGCACUGACCCUGGCACAAGGCUGGAUGGUGUGGCGCACGCGGCUCGUGAGCGACGCUCUCGUCCGACGCACCUUUUGCCAAGCCUAUUGCAUCUGCUUUUCGCUCCAGACCCUGACGCUUCUUCGAGCACAGCUCGUGUCGCCAGAGAGCCACUCGAUACUGCAUUGGCUAAACAUUCUGCUGCUCGGAGGACUGGGCUGCGCUUAUGGCUACUUUCUCGUCUUCAGGACCAUCAAGGCGUUCGAGCUGCCAGGCAUGGACAAGGGGUUGCUGUGA